AUGGACCUGCGCGAGGAAGAGCUAAAGCAGCCGCUUGUGAAUCCUCAAGAGGAAGGUGCUGAAGAAGAGAAGGAAGAGGCUCCACGGAAUCAGGGGAUUCGGUCACAAGUACAGCAACAAAAGAUGCCGUAUGCAGCGCCAAACGUUCACCCGUACGCUUUACCUCAGUAUAAUCAGUCUCAGGAAUACGGUGAAACUUCCAGAAAUGGCUGGGGUCGAGGUCAGGAUGAGGAGAAUCGAGGGAUCACAGUGGACAUUGUCUUCAGCGGCAUGUACACGCUCGCCGCUGCAUUCACUAUCAUUCAGGGCUUUGGCAUGCUCACUUACUUUACAUAUGCAGCCGUCUCGUUGGGAUUAUAUACCAUGGCAUUUGGUGCGUUGGUUAUCAUGUAUGAUCUCAAGUCAGUGGUGAAUGGCUUGAGCGUGGAAAUGUAUUUGCCGUUUCUGGGCAACUAUAUCGGACGUGCUGCAACCAUUUUGUUCUUUGCUGUAUUGUGUGCACAAACCUACGAGUACGCGGGCUGGACCAAGUUCAUUGUACUGUACAACUUACUGGUUGCUACACUGCAGGGAUUUGUGUACUUUACUACAAAGACCGUGACGCUGAACCAGCCUCAUAUGGAUGAUCUACCCGACAUGUAA